GUGAUUUCGUGUUUCGUGAAAGGUCGUUGACGCUUGAGGCUUGACGUGCAAUCCAAAGACGUGCGGUUAAAGUUGAAAUAAAAUACAUUUUUAAGUGUGCUUUAUCGGUUUUAUAUCUUUUGUUGUUAAUUUUAAUUAUUGAUAUUGGAGUAGGUAUUUUACCUGUGAACGUUUUUAGUGGUAUUUAGUUGAUAAUGUGAAAUUGUAGCCAUCAAUAACAGAAGCUAGUUUACAAAAGUUAAACAGCUCAAAUUAAAAGUGAGAAGUGUUUUCAGGAAAGCAGAACAUACUCUCCAAACGAUUCCAUGUUGAAGAAUUGUUAACUUCAGGUUUUUGGCAAUAAUGUUCUUGUACGAUGACAAAACAUGGAGCCCACACCUCAGAACAUCAACUGCCUCCUCACUAUUCUUCGAGACUGAGAAACCUGUGGGCAGCUCCGCCAGCAGCAGGGGGAGGGGGUGGGCUGCAAUGGUCAGCUACAGCUGCAGCAGCAGGGGGAGGAGGUGGGCUGCAAUGGUCAGCAGCAGCUGCAGCCGCAGGUGGUUGCGAUUCGUCGGGAAACCUGAGCAGCUCGUCUGUUGCCAGCAGUCGCACCUACUACCAGCCAGCCACUACCAGUGUCUACCAGGAUCCACUGCCACUGCGAGGUGGCGACAACUACGCACUGCCUCGCGACGCCCUCCUGCCGGCUGCGCCCCAGGCGCCUGUUGUGUUUGUGCGGCGACCCAUCACUCCCGCCUCGGGCGCCACCUCCACCGAUGCCGGCGGCGGCGUCAACCCCUGCGGCGGCCACUGCGUACAGUUCGAGAACUUCUGUCAUUAUUGUCUGCAGGUGAUGAACAUAGCGGGCAUCCUGACGGGCGUCGUGAUGGUGGCAGCCGGCUUUGUGCUGCGCAACCAGAGGAAAGGUGGCAACCUGGAGGUGCUGAUCUACAUCGGGUGCCUGACGGCGCUGGUGUGUGGUCUGCUGUUGUCGGUGCAGUGCUGUGUGCGUCGCAACCUGCAGCAGCGCAGGCAACGCAUCAGGGCAAGGGGGCCAGGGCCAGCAGGGGGGGAGACCAUACAGCUGCAGAUGCUCGGUCCCCCCCCUCCGCCACCACCGCCCCCUCUUCUCAGGCCGCUCAUGCCUCCCCACCAGUUGAUAAGACCUACAAGAGACCAAAGUGGACUCCCGUGGUGGCGGCGUGAAGAAAUUCCUUAAAUUUACAAAUAAUGUUAAUUUUGUAGAAUUUAAUAUGCAGUAUUUGAACGCCGAAGCUUGCUGAACUUACUGCAUACCGAACUGCUUCAUUGUGCAAGUUAAUUGUAGAAAGUUGUACUGAUUAGUUUUGGAUGUAAAUGUUAAGCUAUUCGAGAGAUUCUUUAUGAGGUUUACCUUCCCAAUUUGUUGUAGCAGUUCCCGUCCGAUAAGUGUUUGUUAGAGUUUCUGAUAUAAUAAUAGAUUUGCGUUAUCAGGUCAAACCGUCGUAGCUAUUGUUAUCCAAAAUAUUUCAAACAUAACAAAAAAUUUCCUGAAAUUGAUGGAAUUUAAACUCCAAAUUGGUAUAAGUGUCGUUUCUCAAACCCAGGAGAAUUUGAAGUGUUCAUGUUUAUCUGCUUUUCUUAGUGUUUGAUCAAUCAAUUAGAUUUAUUCUUCCUGGCGAGGAUAUUCAAUGGUUGAUUCUAAAAUAAUACUUGUGUGGCACAAAACUGUACUCAACAUAAUGCUUCAAAAACUCUUAUACUGCGACAACCACACAAAUUUGUGCUGUCAGCAUUCUUUUAUCUCUUACUCACAUUCCAUUAAUAAUAAUGUUCUCACAUUCAUUUGAAAGAGAUAUUCUUAUAAUUGACAGCUAAUAGAAUAAACUAAUAAAGAUAAACAAGCUGAGAUUUGAAUUUUACAAUAACAUAAUACUUUGCUGAAAUGUUAUUGAUUGCUAAAUACCGUGGCUGCUAUAAUGUGAACUAAACUUUUAGCCAUAGAUAAAUAUUACUGACUGAAUAUGCUUCUUGUGCUCAAUUUUACUAUGUGACAAAAAAAUUAUUGUUGAAUCAAAUAGGGAAGUAUUCAAUCAAAUUAAUUAUUACAUAAAUAAUCGAUGCGAGACAAGAAUAUAUUGUGUUAUUCAUAUUUUAUGUUGUGUUUAAUAAAUAUGUAUUCAUAAAAGUAUCUUUGUUAUAAAUGCUGUGAGGAAUAGACUCACUCACAUUGGGGAAAUAGUGUUUUUUAUUCAACAUAAUAAAAUUAUCAAACCAACGCAGUUCUUUGGCAUAAGUUCCUAUUGACGGUAAUCGUGUCCUUACAGGAGGACAGGAGAGGAUGGGAUUUAUUGAAAAGUGUGUAGCCAAACAGUAAACCCUUGAGGACACCCCAUACUCAAAGGUAGUCUUUGAGUCAAUCUUUACGAGGUAGACUACCUUACGAGGACACCCCAUACUCGUUAUAAUUAUUAUUGUGCAUGAAGCGAAUAGCACAAAUAUCUGAGAAAAAAAUAUUCAAGUUAUAUUUACAAAUUAUAAUACAUUGUAAAUUAAACUAUUAUUAUUAAGUAUUCAAUUGUUCUAUAAUUUAAUAGUAUUCUAUUGAAUAUUAUCUCCAUCUCUUUUAUUUUAUUAUUUUAUAAUUAAAUUAAUUAAUGUUAAACCAUCUUAAUUCUCAUUUGAACUAUAUUCACGAUUUUUAAUUAUAUGUUUAUUUUAACAAAAUCCCUUGCAUAAUUUGAUGGGGUCGCCAGUUAUCGAUCCCGGUAUUUCUUGCAUUUAUUUCAGUUCGCUUCAUUUUUCUAUGCAAACAUUUUACUCGUUCAAAGCUAUCAUCUAACUUGUUAGUUUAUUGUGUUUAAGCUAUUAUGUGUAUCAGCUAUUCUGUGUAAUGUUAACGGUAGACUUUUAUUGUUGUAUAGAGGGAAUUUAGUAGGGUAUAGGUAUCUAGAGGGUAUAGAGCGGGAAUUUAGUAGUAUUUGGGUUUCAUAAAAGUAGAGUUCUUUCUAUUGUAUUGAAGGUUUAUCCUUUUCCUUUGACGUGUAUUCUUCUCCAAUUGAGUUGAUUUAUUUUAAUCACGCAUCUCCAAAUAUUAUUUCUCUAGUUGGUAGCUCUCACGUCGGAGCCAUCAACAUCUUCGCGGGAGUCUUCUUCAAGGAACUUCAUCAUGAGGUAGCCUAUGAGUGAGUCAUCAGCUUCUUCUAAGUACGAGGUGGAUUUUCCGAAAGCGAGAUUCUACAAUCUGAAGGAGUGUUCUGGCCAGCUUGUCAGUAAUCGGACUGUCAUCUUUCGGAGGCUGCCAAGAAGCUUUACAUCACAACAAAUUCAAUAUUAAUGAGUGGGCAUCAAGCGUUCAAUAUGUCAGCGCAGACAAGCAGGGGUAUAGCUGCUUUCGGAGAUUUCCCACUCUUCUGUUAUUCGACUGCAACUGACGGUGAAUUGCAACUGACGGUGAACUUGGAGUUCAAUGAGUAAAGAAUCACCGAUCACCUGAAUGCGUUCCAGAGAUUGGUAUCUGACGACCAUAAGGAUCUAAUCAAAUCUCACGAAAUUUGAAACUUUAUGUAGCCCAUGUAGCCCACAAUAAUGACAGUCAACGUCAAGCUGUUGAUACAACAGAAUCAAUAUCAGGAGGAUGCGUUCAUUAAAGAGCAGCUGCUUGCAUUGAUUUUCCAUCUCAAAUCAAAUCAAGCGUUAUUGUUUACAUCAGCAAAAUAGAACUAAAUACUCUACAUCAACAAAUCAUCCCAUCAGAUAUAACUUACAAUUUGAGGAUACUAUUUCUAACAUGUUAGAAAUAAAAUAUCAGGUUAAAAUAAAACAUAAGUACACAACUCAUCAAAACUCUGGGAUGAUGUGACUGAUUGAGAAAUUGACGUUAACAUGAAUGGGAAGAAGUACAACAGACCAAAUAUUUUAUGUUAGACAGCCUGUGGAAAAAUGAACUGAACAUAAUGUGGACUUGGACGAGUGGAGGCAAAUCGUAGAGAAAGCCAAGAUUCACCCCGGACUGUAGUGCUACGAGAAGAAGAAGAAUAAUAAGCUGUAUAUAUGGGAACCGAUGCAAACAAAAUUACUAUUCUCAGAAGAGGUCCCACAAAGCCCUUAUCCGUGAAUAGAAGUUGAAAUAAUGGUUCAUAAUAUGAAAAAGAUGAGACACAUACACGAGUGUGUGUACAGUCAUCAAUAUUUUUGACAAUUAUUGUCAUAUCAGAGCACUUCCUUCAUCACACCAUCUCAUUAUGAUAGUCAAAUUCCAUGUGAUAAAUAGGUAGGAAGUCACCUCUGAGAAAUUAACUAAUGAACAAUGUAACAAGGCAGAAAGAAUAACAAUUAAUAGAAUACAAAAUAAAAAUUAGCAUGUAAACAUUUUAGUCAGACAAGUAAGAGUUCAUGAGUACGGCACGGGAACGUUGCGAAAAAAAGAUUUUGUCUCCAUCUAUGAUGAAUUCAACAUUUUUGCGGACGGAUCUCUUCAAAUUGGAAAAACAAGCUAAAAGGGUAUCGUUUGGCUACAUUGCUGAAAGAUCUUCAGCGGUGGUACUGCGGUUGUAUUUUAUUAGACAUUUUUUUUUUAGUGUUUUGUAUUUUGUUUUAUUUUGUGUAUCUCAUGUUGAAUUGGAUAAAAUUAAUUGAUUUAUUGAAAGGAUACAGUUCAGAUAAACAUAAUCACAGAGGAGGAAUGGAUUCAACACUACAGAAAUCUCUGGUACAAUCCAACAACUCAGGAGACCGAAAUAUAACGAAUUCAUGAGCCCACGGUUGAUAUGAUAGAAUUUACAGAAUUAGAAGAUGCAUUAAAGAAUACAAAGAACAGAAAGUCAACUGGUAUGGAUGGCUUAAACUCAGAAUUGAUUAAAUACGGAGGUUUAUUUUUCAGAUUGAGGUUUCUGCACUUGAUAAACAUGAGUUGGAAGAGCUGUACAAUCUCAGAAGAAUGGAAAAUUUCGAAGAUUGUCCAUAUUCAAAAAAGGAGAAAGGAAUAAUGCAUCAAACUACAGAGGAAUCAGCUUACUACAAGCGGCUUACAAGAUUUAUAGCAAAAUAAUAAACGGCAGACUUCAACCAAUCACAGAUACCAUUUUGCUGGAGGAACAAUCAGGUCUUCGGAAAGGGCAUUCUUGCAUUGAUCAGGUGUUCAGUUUGAAGCAGAUAAUUAAGAAGAAUAGAGAAUUCAAUAUUGAGACCCACAUGGCAUUCGUCGAUUUUGAGAAAGCUUUUGGCCGAUUAGAUAGGCCUUCACUUUGGUGCAUAAUAACAAGAAGAGGAUAUCCCAAGCAUUUAAUUGACGCGAUAAAGAGCAUAUAUCAAGGAACCAAGAUUGCUAUUGACACACGAUCCCACCUCACCAAAGAAAUCAUGACAAACCUAGGUGUAAGGCAAGGUUGUAGCUUAUCGCCAUCAUUAUUCAAUAUCUAUCUUGAUGGCGUAAUACGAUGCUGGAUGAGUCAAACCCCUCCUGGAAUACGUUUGGAUCUGACAAGACAUUUGAAGAUUUUGAUGUUUGCGGAUGGCUUGUUAUUCUUAAAAACUCGCAAAAGGCAAUGUAUGUUCUUAAUAAAAUUUCAAAAACUUAAUAAUUUGAGAAUAUCAAAAAACAAAACCAAAUCAAUGGCCUUCUGCGGCAAAUCUCCUGUCAGAACUAAAAUUAUGUUGGAUAACGCUGUACUUGAACAAGUGUCUCACUUCAAAUACUUGGGUGUUGAGUUCACAUAUGCACUCGAUAACUAUGUAGAUCUGAAAUUGAAUAAAUUUCUACACAUAUGUGGAACAAUAAAACGCAGAUUAAAAAACAGGUCAAGGAAGGAGACACAUCUGAAAUUUUAUAAAGUGAUGGCGGUGCCAACAUUAUUAUAUGGGGCAGAAACUUGGGUGAGCAAGAAGAGAAUAUUAAGCAGAGUUCAAGCAGCAGAGAUGUGUUUCCUUCGAAGUGUGAAAGGGUGCACAAGGCUGGACAGAUUCCGCAAUGAUGAUAUCAGAAAUAAACUGGAAGAAUCAUGUUGAACGGAUGCCAGAUAAUAGAAUCCCAAAAGCGGUAAUUAAAUAUAGACCCUAUGGUAGAAGAGAUUGAUAGACCUCUAAAAAUAUGGUAUGUAUACAAAUUAUAUCCUUUGAAACCGGAACAGGUGUAUACGCCUAAUCCUGGAAAGAAGAAGAAGAAGAAGAAUAAUAAUAUUGAAUGGGCGUGAAUGUUGCGCGGAUAGGCAUUACUAACUGUACCAGUAUCGACACCAAUGUACUUUCAAGGGACAGACUUGCCAGUAAAAUAUGAAAUAUGAGGGACUUCGUAUUGGCGAAACGGCACCACGAUGGGCUAAUUCAACUCAUCUGUGGGUGACACAUGCCUUCUUGCAAGACACAUGAGGAUUUUCUCCGUUAUCUUCCGAAACACUUGAAGGAAGGCCACUUGUCAUCUUGGUGUUUGGAUCACAUUUGUCAUCUCCAGAUCAGUAGGAUAUGACCAUACCCGGAGCGGCGCCUCCAAUAAAUUAUAUCAGGCAUUUUGUUAGAAUUGAAUUAUAAUUUAUUUUUCAUGGAUAGUUAACGAUUGAAAACUAAGAUGGUUUUACAAUAAUGGUUUCAAUUAUAUAUUUUCAGAUGCUUUUUAAUUAUGUAAAAUAAAAGAAAGAGGUAAUCUUCAACAGAAUAUUAAUUCAGUUGCAUAUUUGAAAAAUAAGAAACCUUUAAAUAUGAAGUAAUGCAACUUGACAAUGUAUUAUAAUUUGACCAUGUUUAUAGAUUGUAAAUUUUAUUUUGACUAUUCAUUUUAAAAUUAUUUGAAGUAUUUUCCUCAGAUAAUUGACCUACUCACUUUAUGCACAACUAUAAUAAUUAUAGUGUUUUCCUACCUUUCAGUGUGACGUGUCCUCGAGGGUUCACUGUUUGGCUGCACACUUUUCAGUAAACCCUUUUGAGAGCAAGUCCAGUUCUUUCUAAGGACACGAUUCCCGUCAUCACAAAUGUAUACCAACCGAACUGCGUUGGUUUGUAGUGGCGAAAACUAUGCCCAAUUCACUCCAAGUUUUAACUCACAAAAUGACUGACACUCACUUUACCCUAAGAAUCACUGCCUCCUCCAAAUAUUUUGUGAGUCUAUUUAUGUGACCAACCAAAGGUCAAUAAUAAUAAUUAUGAAUACCUACCUCUAUGGCAAAUCAGACUCAGUUUAAUAUUAAGAUAUUAAUAUUAAAUUAUUGAGAUACGCAAAUGUGUAAUCUUUUAUCAUAAAUAAAAAUACAAGUCUCAGUACCCUUUUUGAAUAAUUAUUUAAUCAGAACAUGUUUCGGACAUUGAUGCCAUUUUCAUAAUACAUUACGUACCAAGAUAAUCAGACAGUUCACCUUCAACGUUUAAUACAACGACAUUGUUUAAAACAGCCAAAUUUGGAGUAGCUAAUGUUGUUCUUUAAGAUUGCAUUGAUGAACAAGUGUCCACAACUGUACUGCUUAUUCAUCGUUUCAAAAGUGAAAGAUAAUUUUAUUAUUUUCAACAAAAAACACUACUUUAAUAAAUUAUUGAUAUUUUAAAUAUUUCCAAAUGUUAGCCUAUUCUUCACAAUGUAUUUCCUUGCCUAUUUUCUUAAAAAAUAAUAAUUGAAUGAUAUAAAUAUCAUUAAUUAUUAUUUCAUUCUUGAAUGGCACAUUUCUAGUGAUUUCCAUAAAACACAAUGAAUUAUGAAUGUUAGCUCUUGAUAUUGUUGUGGAAUCAAUUAUAGUUUUUAAAUUUUGCUAGUAAUUUUGAUGCUAUUGAAAUUUAUAUGGAUAUUUCAAUUCAGAGUGGAUAUUAUCGUUUUUGUAUUGAUAUAUCUAUUAAUGAAAAAAUAUUUGUAUUAAAAAUGUUUCUUUUCAAGUUUUUCUGUAAAAUCUAGAGUGGAUAUUAUUAUUGUUUUGAUAAAUCCAUAAAUGAAGAAUUAAUGUUAUUGAAAAUAUCUAUUUUCAAGUUUUCCUGCAUAAUUUAUUGGAAUGAGAUUGUUUUUUACACUAAUUUUAUCUGAGCAUGUUUCUAAAAUAAUAUUGUAAUUUCCAUAAAAAUAUUUUUUUGGAAAGAAACAUAUUUUGUGCCUUUAUAGAAUUGAUCAAGUCCUGUAGCUGACAUAAUCUUAGAAACGGUUUGAAAAUAAAAGUUUCAUAAAUCUCGUUAUUUCAGAAGUUUUUGAAUAUUUACAAUUUUAUAAUUCGAUGAAUUAUUGUAAUUUUAGCAUUUUCCCAUUCCUCUAGAGAAUAUUUCAAAUCUAUUAAGUUUAUUCUACCAUUUUUAGUGUACAUAAGAUUUAUAUAUUUAUUAUGACAUUAUGUAUUAACUAGAUUAUUUGUACAAAAGUAUGGUUUGUUUAGUGUUGUAUAGUAUAAUUAUCAUGAAUUCUUAUUGCGUGACUAAACUUUAUAAGUUGUCAAUGUUAUUUAGCCAAAGAAGUUUUUGUCAACUUAUUCAUCUCAAUUAGAGAAUUCAGAAAUAAAAAUUAUGCCAAAGAUCUGUUCUAUAUCACCUGCAAUAUUCAAUUGCUACGCAUACUAUAUAUCUGUAGAUAUUUGUGUUUUCCACAUAAAUGAAUAGUUACAACCAAUAUGUGUGCCAUCUAUUCCAUUAAUAAUAUGAAUUUAUUAUAGUGUCGAAUGAUAUUUGAACUUUCCAUUUACAUUGCAUAAUCUGGGUUGCCCCCCCCCAAGCCUCAUGACGCACAAAUUUGGGAAAAUUCAUCUUCUGCCUCCCCCCAUUGUUGAUCCCCAAAGAUUUGUUUUUGACACCCCCCCCUCAUCAAGAAUUUCAAGGAUGCAGUCUGCGCCCAACCCCCCACCACCUUACCACUCUGGGCACCCCUGGUAUAAUAUUAAGUUUGACGAAACCAAAUAUAACUGUCAUUCAGUGCCUUUGGUUCUCAGUAACAAAUAAGUGUUUGUUAAUAUUGGAAAUUUGAAUCAAUAAUAUUAAUUAGUCCGGUCAGAUUCAAUAUAUUUUAUGGUCAAAUUCCACAUUUAGAUAAAAGUUGUACAAAUGAAGUGUUUUCUUGAAUCCAUCAGUUGAACUGUGUUAACAUGUAUUUAUGAUAUGAUGAAGUUGUUUCAAGAGCUUAAUGACUACUUUUCAAGUCAAUAAUAUUGAAUGUAUUUGUAAAAUUCCUUAUUUAUAUCAUGGAAGACAUAUAAUAUAAAUUAGAAACAUGUUUAUAAAAAGUGAUUUAUAGUAUCGUGUUCAAUACUUUGUAACUUGGCAUUAAAAUCUAUGUAAUUAAAAUUA